UGGCCAGUCCCGGAAGGCGGAAGCAGCCCCGGAGGCCGGGUACCGGGGCCGGUCCGGGCAUGGCGGGGUCCGGCUGGGCCCCGCCGCGCCUGGAUGAGUUCAUCCUCACCGAGCGGCUCGGGACCGGCACGUACGCCACCGUCUACAAGGCCUACAGGAAGAGGGACACGCGUGAGGUGGUGGCCAUCAAGUGCGUGAGCAAAAGGAGCCUCAACCGGGCCUCGGUAGAGAACCUGCUGACCGAGAUCGAGAUCCUCAAGACCAUCCGGCACCCGCACAUCGUGGAGCUCAAGGACUUCCAGUGGGACAGCGACCACAUCUACCUGAUCAUGGAGUUCUGCGCGGGGGGGGACCUCUCCCGCUUCAUCCGGAUGCGCAGGAUCCUCCCGGAGAAGGUGGCGCGCGUGUUCCUGCAGCAGCUGGCUUGUGCCCUCAAGUUCCUGCACGACCACAACAUCUCCCACCUGGACCUGAAGCCGCAGAACAUCCUCCUGAGCGCCCCCGAGCACCCGCAGCUGAAGCUGGCAGACUUUGGGUUUGCCCAGUACAUGUCCCCAUGGGAUGAGAAGCACGUCCUGCGCGGCUCCCCGCUCUACAUGGCCCCCGAGAUGGUGUGCCGGCAGCAGUACGAUGCCCGGGUGGACCUGUGGUCGGUGGGGGUCAUCCUUUACGAAGCGCUCUUUGGGAGGCCGCCCUUUGCCUCCCGCUCCUUCACUGAGCUGGAGGAGAAGAUCCGCAGCGAUCGGGCUGUGGAGCUGCCCAGCCGGCCCCUGCUCUCCCCGCAAUGCCGGGAUCUCUUGGGACAGCUCUUGGAAAGGGACCCUUUGAAGCGCAUCUCCUUCGAGCGCUUCUUUGCACACCCCUUUGUGGAUAUGGAGCACGUCCCCGGCCCCGAGAGCCUCUGCAAGGCGACCGACUUGGUGGUGGAAGCAGUGAAGAAGGAUCAGGAGGGAGAUGCUUCUGCUGCCCUGUCCCUCUACUGCAAAGCCCUGGAGUACUUUGUGCCUGCUCUGCACUAUGAAAGCGAUGCUCGCCGGAAGGAAGCCAUCCGAGCCAAGGUGGGGCAGUACAUCUCCCGAGCGGAGGAGCUGAAGGCAUUGGUCACCUCCAGCAGCAAGAACCUGCUGCAGAGAGAGAACCCGGCCAGAGAGCUCCUUAGAGAGAUGGCCAAGGACAAGCCCCGGCUCUGCGCUGCGCUGGAGAUGGCUUCUGCUGCCAUCGCUAAGGAGGAGGAGGGCAAGGACGAUGCUGACACCCUGGAGCUGUACCAGCAGAGCCUGGGGGAGCUGCUGCUGCUGCUGGCCGCGGAGCCUGCGGGGAGGCGCCGGGAGCUGCUGCACGCAGAGAUCCAGACCCUGAUGUCUCGAGCCGAGUACCUGAAGGAGCAGAUGAAGAUGCGGGAGGCGCAGUCCAUGGGCAAGGAGGCGCUGGCAGAGCCCGUGCGGAGCACCUGUACCUUGCAGUGAUGCCCGGAGCCGGCUGCUGGGAUGCUGCUCACCCAGGGAGGAUGGAGGGGCAGACAAGGCUUUCAUCCUGCCUGCAAUGGGGUAACCACCUUGGGGGGCUCCCCUGCUCAGGUGGGUCCGCAGGGCCAUCUGCCUCCUUCCCUUCAGGCAGGAUCCCCUCCAGCCCUGGCACGCCGUUAUUCCACCCUAAUUCCCUCCGCUGGCUGCCACGGGUGGGUGUUGUUA